ACCUUUAUUGACAUUUAGCUCAGGCUCAUUAUACGUACCAUUGUGUCAGCCAUUGCAAGAUCAAAUAAUGUAACCUGGACUUUGACAUUAGGUGACACAAACAAGUUACUUGUGAGGAAGCAAAAUUAUGGCGGCUGCACCAUCAACUUUGAGGGAACAAAUCUGUGAGGAACUGCCCUGCAGCAUCUGCCUGGAGCUGUUCACCAGGCCCAAGGUGCUGCCCUGUCAGCACACCUUCUGUCAGGACUGUCUACAGGACCAUGCAGGGAGGGGAGGGGCCAUCCAGUGUCCAAUCUGUCGUCAGCAGGUAAGGCUGCCACCCCAGGGGGUCGCAGGUUUGCCUGACAACCACCUGGUUACAAACCUUUGUGAGAGAGUUUCAGGAGUGACACUUGGUGACUACCCCCAAACUGGAAGUACGUGCAGUUCUCAUCCUUCAAUGACCCUCAAGGUGUACUGUAAACAAUGUCAAAUACCAGUCUGUGACCAGUGUUUAGAAGAAGUUCAUGACGGCCAUGCCACAACAGCCAUCAAGAAAGCAGCACGGGACAGAAAAACUACAGUCCAGGCCUUGAUCACUGAAGGGAGGAACAUUGUGGAGGGUUACUGCAGUUUUCUUAAAGGCCUGAGGGAAAGAGAGAAAACUCUGAAUGAAGAGAAACAGAAGACAGACAAGAGCAUCAUACAGGCCUACAACCAAACCCUGGAAAAACUCACUAAGACUCUGGGAGAGAGAAAAGAUUGCCUCUUAUCCAAAUCAGAGAAUAACCACCAAAGAAACUUGAAGGGAAUACAAAAUGAAAGGGACAGAGUCUUAGCAGAUGUCAACGAACUAUCUGGUGCUUGUGAUCAAGCAGAGCAAGACAUGGAGAAGAGAGAUGUUGAGUUUCUUUGCCAGGACACCAGUCUGACACAUGUGGUUGAAAAAUACAAGCUGAAAGCAGCCCCAAUUCCUGUACAAACCCAGCCUGCUGUGCAUGUCUUUCAACCCACGUCGGACACCUCAGUGCCAGGACUGGGACAUGUGAUGGUGCAGUCUCUCCCAUCUUCAAAAGUUUCAGCAGCACCUAGGCCCAAAGGUCAACUCCAUGGUAACCAAAUGCAAGGGAGCCAUCAAAGUCAGAAAGUGACAUUUGGUAAAGAGGGGUCAGAAAAAGAACACUUCAAUGACCCAGUUGGUGUUGCAGUAUCAGACAAAGAUAGCAUAUUUGUAGCAGAUAGUAGGAACAAGAGAAUCCAAGUCUUCAACAUGUGGGGAACAUUUGUCUACCAGUUCCCAACAGUUGUGUCAGGUAAGAAAAUGAUGGACCCACAAGAUGUGGCCUCGGACAGGGAAGGGAACCUGUGGGUGGUGGGGAAGACUGAGUCUACUGGCUUUGCUGUGCAGUACUCUACAGAGGGCAAGGCACAGGGAAAGUUUGAGCUACAGAAGGAAGGUUGGGGCAGAGGAGUUGCCGUGGACACCAGGAGGAACCACAUCCUCAUCACACAAACCACAGGGAAAGAGAACAACAGGCGUGGUGAAGUGUUAGUGUAUAAGCCAGAUGGUCCAACUGCACAAAAGUUCCAAUUAUUCUGUACUAUAAGCCUACAUGAGAUGAAGUUUCCAAGGUACAUCAGUGUGGGCAAGGAAGGAAACAUUCUUGUGUCCGACCAUGAUAAUCACUGUGUCUAUGUAUUCAAUGACACUGGACAGCUUCUGUUCAAGUUUGGAGGUGAGGGAAGUGGAGAGGGUCAGCUGCAGGGUCCCUCUGGCAUCUGCAUUACCUGGGAAGGUAACAUCGUUGUGGCAGACACUGUUAACGGCCGUUUGGAGCUGUUUAGUAGCACAGGCAAAUUUCUCAGGCACAUUGCGAAGGACAUGAUGCGUCCACUUGCUGUUGCCAUGACUUCAUUGAAACAACUGGUGGUGACAGAUGAUAUAGAAUGUACAGUUACCAUAUUUCACAAAUACUAA